AUGACGCGCAGCUUGCGGUGGCGCAUGACGCUCACGAUGACCAGCAGGUUGCCGAAGAGCGCGGCCACGAUGAUGAAGCCCAUGGCGCACGACUUGAGCACCACGACGAGCACGAGCUCCCAGGCGGCGGCGCUGGCGGCGGCGGCGGCGUCGCCCGGGGAGGCGAAGAAUAAAAUAAAAAAGUCAUCAUAUGAGAUCGACUACUCUGUAGAUAUUCCAGUGCCCAAGUCUGAAGUGACACAUGUAGCCAAGCCGCUCCUAUGGAGGGAAGGAGAGAAAGAGGAAAAGAGAGAUGAUGGGAGAAAGAGAAAUAGUGAAAGCCAGCGAAAGAGAAAGAUUGUGGAGUCAGCGAAACGUUUACAUGGCGUAGUGUUGGAGACUGAUUGUGGUUGGACGAUCCUGUUUUUGGUGUACACUCCUGAUGUACGCAAGUCGACUCAUUGAAAUUUUAAACAACGCGCGAUGUCGUCUCAAAUGAGGCAGGUGAUGCGCAGAACCGCCUUACUUGUGACUGGACGCGCAGCCUGGGUUACCGCCCACCAAGGCAAAAUUGUUGAAGGUGAUAUGAAGGGUGCCAGCGACUGGCAGACCUGCACUGCGUGCAAGCAGUCACAGAGGGGGCUGGCUACUGGUGCUACUGCGCGUGCUGCUGUAGAAACUAAUAUAAAUUCGAAGUCUAAAAUGGCAUCGCGUUUUGGUGUAGUUCAACAAGGCCCACCGAUUGAAGUUUUUGCAUUAAACAAAGCUUUUCUGGAUGACACUUUCGAGAAUAAAGUGAAUCUUGGUGUUGGAGCUUACAGAACUGAGGAAGGAAAACCAUGGGUUUUACCAGUGGUCCGGCAAGUUGAGAGAGAUAUGGCAGCUAAUGAGACAUUGAAUCAUGAAUAUUUACCUGUGUUGGGAUUGGAUUCUUUCAGUGCAGCUGCUACAAAAAUGCUUCUUGGUUCCAAUGUGGCCAUAGAUGAAGGAAGAGCAUUUGGAAUCCAGACUCUCAGUGGUACAGGAGCCCUUAGAGUAGGAGCAGAAUUCCUUGCAAGACAGCUGGGCUAUAAGACAUUUUAUUUCUCACAGCCUACAUGGGAAAAUCACCGUUUGUUAUUUCUUAAUGCUGGCUUUAAUGAUCCCCGAGAAUAUCGCUAUUGGGAUCAAAAUAAGCGUGGCCUUGACUUUGAUGGUAUGAUUGCUGAUUUGAAAAAUGCACCAGAGAAUUCAGUUAUCAUCCUUCAUGCAUGUGCCCACAACCCCACUGGAAGCGAUCCAACCCAGGAGCAGUGGAAAGAAAUAGCUAAUGUUAUGAAGGAAAAGAAGCUGUUUCCAUUUUUAGAUUGUGCAUAUCAAGGCUUUGCAUCUGGUGAUCUAGAAAAAGAUGCUUGGGCAUCUCGUUUCUUCGUUGAGCAAGGAUUUGAACUUUUUGUUGCUCAAUCAUUUGCCAAGAAUUUUGGACUGUAUAAUGAACGUGUGGGAAAUUUGACAGUUGUAAUGUCCAGUAAAGAGGCUAUUGCUCCUGUAAAGUCCCAACUUACUCUGUUGGUUCGAGGCAUGUACUCCAAUCCUCCUAAUCAUGGUGGAAGAAUUGUUUCCACUGUGCUGAAUGACCCGAAACUCUUUGAAGAAUGGAAAACUUGUAUAAAAACUAUGGCAGAUCGAAUUCUGUUAAUGAGAGAUAGUCUGAGAAAUAAACUUCUGGAACUGAAAACUCCUGGAACUUGGGAUCACAUAACUCAGCAAAUAGGAAUGUUUUCAUAUACUGGAUUGACAACAAAGCAAGUGGAACAUCUUGUAAAUGUGUAUCACAUUUACCUUUUAAAGAGUGGCCGAAUAAAUAUGUGUGGUCUUACCACCAAGAAUGUGGAAUAUGUUGCAAAGGCCAUUCAUGAUGCUGUUACAAAAUUUCCUUAAGAAUACUUGAGUGACACUCUCAAUGUAGAAGAGAAUAGAUAGUGAUUGCAUCUACAUAAAAAGAAUUGUGGCAUUCUGCUUACAUUGUGUUCUCAAAUAGUUUCUCAAUUAAGAAAAAUUAAAAAAAUUGUCUCAAAUAACAGGAGAAAAACAUGAAUUUUGAGAGGACAAGAAUAUUUUUAUAAUGUUUAUAAAAAUUCAGUUCUUUGAUCAGCCAACUAGAAAGUGAAACAUUAUGCACUGAGACUGGAACUGAUUUUUAGUUAUGUACCAAACUCCGUAUUUGCUUUAACAUUGUGUAAAGGUAGGACAAGUUCAUUCACUAAAAAAUUAUUAUUCUGUGUUUUCAGUUUGAGAUAAAAGUAAAUUUUGGAGAGUUUUUCAAAAACAAAUAAUGUGUAUGUGAAAAGUAAUAUCUUUGUUGCAAAACAUAAUGCCAAACAUAAUUAUUAAAUGAGUUGUAGAGUUCUUGUAUAAGGUCCAUUGCAACGAAUGUUUAACAGAACUGCAUACACAAUGAAAAAAUACUGAUUAUAUUUCUCCAACAAUUUUAAGGUAUUCUGUGAUAGUUUUGUAGAUGUGUAAAUAUAUCUCAUGGUGAACUUUUGCCAAUGUUUUCGUGAUAUCAUUAGAUACUUUGUAGCACAGCAAUUUACCAGAUGUGCUGCAAAAUACCAUUAUUUAAUGUAUUAUUUGAAAUGAAUAUAUGUUCAUGCCAGUAUGACUGGAGAAUUCAGUUUCCUGUAAAUAGAUCAGUAAGGGCUUCAUUCUACUGGAAAGAAAGUUUUCAACCAAAUAACUUUGCUCUUCAUAAUGAAAGAUACAUAUAUUUCUACAAAUAAUAUUGCAAGGUUUCUACCUAUCAGUAUUUACAAUUUUUCCCCAUUACAUGGUAUUCUGCCUUAUUUUUUAAAAAUUGUUUUACAUAUUUCAAACUGCACAAAGGACAAAGGAAUGCAAAGAAUGUUGUGUUUUUUUUUCAUGACAAAGGUUUGUGAAGUAGCUCAAAUAAAGUUCCUUAAAUAUAAUCUACUGCAAUGCGAGGGCUCAAAUAAUUGCUAAAGUUGCUACAUAUCUGUUAAAGAAUAAUGUAUUGAACACUGCCAUGAAAAAAUUAAUAUAAUUGUUCGUACUACACCUACCUGUUAAUGACUAGUAAGGUGGAUGGAUGGUGGAUAUUAAAGGAAUAUUAUGUGAUAAAUGAUGCUUAUAUUCAUGUUUUUCUUUAAACAUUUUUUUGAAUGUUUAUACAUUACUGGUUUUGUAUUUAAUUAAAAAAUAUCAAUGAUUCAUUGCUAAAAAUCCUUGACUGAUCAUUUUAUCAACAUACUUCAAAUGUAACUCAGGGUAGACUGGGGCCAGAAAUAACACUUUUUCUUGUACAUCAGUAUUUUUCAACUCGUUUGCAUUAGAGGAACUACCAAAGAAAAAGUUUCAUUAGUAAUCUGGUCAAUUUAAUUCUGUUCUUUACUAUUGAGCAUUUGAACUACUGGCUAGGUAAUGUCAUAUAAUGUUGAUUUAUUGAAUCUAAAUUUUCAAAGAGUUCAUGAUAUUUCUUUAAAUAUAGAAACUCUUACUGGCUAUAAUGAUUUAGUUAUAGAGAAUUUGGUCUGUGUUGGAAUUAGUAGAUAAUUAUAAAUAAUUAUAAUUUCAAUAAGAUGAGUGGUAUUAAUUACUGUUGUCUGGUUCUCUGUAAAAUGAGUGAUGCUUCAGCUGGUAGAGUAUGAACCUCUGAUUUCAUUUGCUUGUAUAAUAUUAUGUUACCAGUGCAGCUUGUUUGAAAUAAAAUGAUAAGGAAAAUUUUGCAGUGAUUUAUUAUAUUAACAUACAAUUAAAAUGAGAAAAAGUUGUUUUCAGUUUGUGUUUUAUAAACUUAACCAUUGUUGAGUUGAUGUAGAAAUAGUACGUUGUCUUUUAUUUUAUUCUUUAAAAGCACUUCUUUUAAAAAAUAAUAUUCCAUUUAGAGAAAGGGUGAAGAGAUAGUUAAUUCUUGAAGUUUACUCCAAGAAUACGGGCAGAGGAAGAUAGGCUUGAUAGUUUCACAACCUGGUAUCUUAAUGCAAGUUAGAGUUCCAUUCCGGAAUUCCUCAAACCAAGAAAUUCAUAUUACAAAAAUAAAUAUUUUGACUUCUAUUUCAAAUUGUAGUCAUCUGGUAACUCAGAACAAAGUCGAUCACCCCACCAAGGAGGCUCCAGUUCGAAUCCCAGACCAUCUCGUGUGAAAUUUGUUCCAAUAAAACCAGUUUGUGAGCUUCACAAGGGCUAGACCAACUGAAGUGUCCUAAACCCUACCCCAAUCCUAAUUCCUUCUCAAUUUCUGGGCGCUGAGUUGU